AUGGACAAAUUAACAGUCUGUACAGAUGCUUGUAAAGGAUUAGAGGCUGCUAUGAAGAUUGUUUUCCCUCAAGCUAAACAUAGGGAGUGCGUCAAGCAUCAAACGAACAACAUGAAGAAGAAAUUUAGAGGAUUGAGGCACUUGAUGGUCACAAAAGUGGAUAGAAACCAAGCCGAGGUGUCAGUAGUGUACAAAGAUGAAGAAGUGAGAAGACAUGUUAUGUACCUAGAUCAGAAAAUAUGCACUUGCAGAGAAUGUGAGGUCAGUGGGAAGCCCUGCCAGCAUGCAUUGGCAGUCAUCACCACAGAGAGGAUCCCAAACAUGAAACAAUACAUAGACAUGGCCUUCUCAGUUGAGAAAUUUAAAGCUGCAUAUGCAGGAGUAAUACCAAACAUCACUGACAGGAAUCAGUGGCCUCAAGUGGACAAAGGUUUCAAGUUGCAGCCACCAGUUGCCAAGAUGAAAAAGAAAACUACUGGAAGGCUGAGGAAGAAAAGGAUUUUAUCUUGCUUGGAGAGGAUAGGGAAAGCCAUAAGACCAUCAAAGUGUGAUGGCUGUGGUGAACUUGGGCACAAGAAAGGAAGCUCCAAUUGUCCCCUAACUGGCACUAAGAAAAGGAAAAGGACCAAAAAGACUAAAUCAACAGUGGGUAGGAAGAAGUUGAAGACUGAUGCACCCAAGGAAGGUUCUUCUUCCAAUCAACCUUCUCCCUCCAAGCCAGCUCCAAAUACUCCAAGAACAAGGGCAGCAGCUGCUAGGGAAGCAGCAGCAGCUGAAGCUGAAUCUCAAGCACAACCAACUACAAUUCCACCUACUAAGAGGAGGUUGCCCUUAGAUGAGCCUAUACCACUAGAGAUGGUUGUAAGUGAAGAUCCCUCUGCACCUGCUAAGAAGAUGACGCCCAGAAAGAAACAGUUGGAUUCAAAGGUGAAGAAGGCCAGUCCAACCAAGACCUAA